CCACUUCUACCAGCCGCACGUGACGUAAUCAGAACGCGACCGGCAUGAUGCGCAAGUGGCGGACCUUGGCGACCUUGUCGGUUGGAGCGGCCGUCGGCGCCUCGGCCAGCCGUCAAUGGAGUCUUACGGGGAAGGAGGAGGAGGCCGCUCCGCUGGCCCGGGUGCCGCUGGUUCCGGUACCGAGCGUCCACGCCUCCACCGAAUUGACGUUGAGCAGGCCUUCGGGGGGCGCUGUAAUGAAAUACGGCUUCCCCUCGCUAUCCAACGUUCGCACGAAAGAAUCGUAUGUGAGCUCGUACGACCCGCGAACCAGGACGCCCGCGUGGGUCAUCGAGAGGCUCGCGGGCGACACGCUCGGCGGGACGGCCGACAGGAAGUGCUGCGACUUCAAGGAGGACGACAGCGUUCACGUCUUCCACCGAGCCACCAAUGCCGACUACAAAGGCAGCGGCCUUGACAGAGGUCACAUGGCGGCGGCGGCCAAUCACAAGUGGAGCCAGAAGGCCAUGGACGACACCUUCUACCUGACCAACGUUGCCCCUCAGAACCCCCACUUGAACCAGAACGCGUGGAACAAUCUGGAGAAGUUAUGUCGCUCGCUCACUAAAUGCUACGCCAACGUCUACGUGUGCACAGGUCCACUCUACCUGCCCAGGCAGGAAGCGGACGGCAAACUUUACGUGCGCUACCAAGUUGUGGGCCGGAACCACGUGGCCGUGCCAACGCACUUUUUCAAGGUGUUGAUCCUGGAGCGCCGUGGCGGUCAGCAGGGCGUGGAACUGCGCUCGUACGUACUUCCCAACGAGCCCGUGGACGAGAAAAUUCCUCUGGAACGUUUCCUGGUUCCCAUAGAAACCAUCGAGAGGGCGUCGGGCCUCCUUUUUGUCCCCAACAUCGUCAGGGCGAGCGGCGGCGCCGUCAGCGCCAUCGCCAACAAAUAGAAGUCAAAGGAGGAAGUGCUUCCAAGCUGGCGAGCGAUUGAUGAGUGGACGCCGUCGGCUGUCCUUCGGUCAGCGGAAGGAAAAGUGGCGCAUUUGUCGACACGACUGACAGCAAAAAUAAAACCAGCAAGCAUUCAUCCAAAGCAAAACUUGUACGCCGUGGCUGGCCUUAAUUCUCUUGAUGGAUGUCGAAGCCGAGAGGCGGGUGCCUACGGGGCUUCCUGUGUCAAGUGAGCAUGUCGUUAGCAUUUUGUGAGCAUGUUCUCCAUACCUUGUCUUUUUCCUUUCACGUCCCAAAACGUGGUAGCUUGAUUGACGACCCACAGGUGGGAAUGAGUGGAAAUAUGCAUUCAGUGGUGACUCAAAACACAAAACUAAAAUUUUACUCUCUAUGAAAGAUAACCCUUCCAUUUUUUUUCCUCAAUCUGCCAGCCAUUUCAAUCUG